AUGGACCCGCGGAAAAAAUGGCUACCUCUUCACACCCUCGCUGCAUCUGGAGAGUUCUACCUUGUUGAUGCUUUGUUGAAACAUAAUGUUGACAUCAAUGCUGUGGAUAAGGAUGGCUUGACUGCAAUUCACAAAGCUAUCAUUGGGAAGAAGCAGGCAGUUACCAACUAUCUGUUGAGAGAAUCAGCGAAUCCUUUUGUUUGUGAUGAUAAUGGGGCCACUUUAUUGCAUUAUGCUGUUCAAACAGCAUCAAGUCCAGCAAUCAAAAUUCUUUUGUUAUACAAUGUUGAUCUAAAUCUUAAAGACAAUGAUGGAUGGACACCUUUACAUCUUGCUGUUCAAGCUCGUAGGACAGAUAUAGUGAAACUGUUAUUGAUUAAAGGAGCUGAUAAAACAUUGAAAAACCAGGAGGGUUUAACCCCACUCGAUCUAUGCCUCUACUCCGGUAAAGACACGAGAACUUAUGAAUUAAUCAAGCUUUUGAAGCAGCUUCCAAAACGCCGUUGACUGCUCCGACAUAAAAUCCAUUCCAUCAGUGUUACAAUUACCAAACUGAUUGUGCAGCCCAGUAGUAGUAUUAGAUUCAGCAUCAUCCAAAAUCACUUAAAAACUGAGCAUCGUACGACUGUAUGUAUGUCAGAUGAUCCUUCCAAUGGCGAACUCGAGCUUACAAGUAACCGACAAGGCACGUAAGAAGAAUGUGCAUUUCACAGCCUGCUCUUCUACUGUAAAAUCUAUCACCCAAUCACAUCAUUAUAUUUUUGUAUGUGUCUAUCAAUUGAAUCUAGGCAGGUAUAGUCCUUGUAUUAUUAAUCGGUCAAUCUACCCAAUGAAUAUAAUCUGUUUUAUUCAUUAGCUUCUCAUCUCAUUUUUUGAGCAAGACAAUAGACUAUCAAACUAGUAGAAAAUUUUUACUGCAGAUGUCUUGAAAAUUUUAAUAUAUAUGUAUAUGAUUGUGCAUGAAACUUGUGGAAAAGGAAUUGCUUUUAUUGUUUGAAAUGGCUUUACUCAAACGUAGCCAUCAUUUCUCUAAUUCAGUGGCGAAAUACCUGAAGAAAUUGCAGAUUAUGGGAAUUUGACCUUGAUUCGACAGUUCAGCGU